GUAGAUUGUGAGAUUGUCGGUGUCAUUUUGACGAACAUGAAAGUCGGAUUUCCCUAGGUUUACCUGUUUAAGUAGAGAAAUAAGCGCGCCGAGGUUGGUAUUCGUUGUGUAGAUCGACGGAGGUUUGAUGCGCGCGCUGUCCGCUGCGGUGUUGUUGGCAGUUGCCGCGUUUGUUGUUUGAUGUGAUGCCGCUGAGGCGGGCGCCUUUGCUUGUCGCGGCUUCUGUUUCUUCGGCGGUGUGACCGUAUGGAGGCGAUGGCAGCGGGGCGAUUAGCGCGACUUCGUGUGUAGUUUUGGCCGCUGCUAUGCGGAGAGGGUCUUGUCGGCCUUUAUCGUGAGCAGGCAGGAACCUGAACUGCUGUAUGUUGUCCGUUCGGCUAGGGUCUAUUGUUGGUCAAUUAUACGCAUUUUCUGUCGUGGAUUGGUUAUUUGGAUAUCCAAAUACGACAUUUUGAAGAGGCGCAUAUCGGUUAGCAGUCGAUUUCGGAAUUGCGCCUUUGUUGGUGUUGAUGUACAAGUUCUUGACGAACUUCUUUGGAAAUUCCCAUGUUUCGGGAUUUUCUUUGUCUCCAGGCUGUGGAAUGGUCGUUUCUGCACGGGAACGUUUUUUCGCCGCACUGAGAUUAGGUGUCACUGUUGAGACGUUUAUGUGCAGCUCUUUUCUGGCUUGCUUGAAGAGUUUUUCCAGCGUAGUGGAGUUUGUAGCACCUUUGGCACCUGGUGUAAGUCGGCCUGAUGGCGAUACUACAUUCUCGAUGUGGGAACUGCUUGUGUUCGGCGGUGAUUUUCGAUCUCGGUCAAGUCAGCUUGCGAUAGUCCGCUAAGCGACAUAUUGUCGUUAUCGGUCAUUUUUUAUCUAGACGUGUCGAGAACAGGGACGCGAAGCGUCGCCUGUUCGGCCGGGCUCUUUGUGGAAGCGGAGGCUUUUUGCUCGAUUUUCGCACUGUCAGAUUGCAAAAUAAUUAGCUAUCGCACACUAAACUGGUAGUCGUGCGUGCUAUCCGUUUACCUAAACUGAAAUAUUACGUUCAAAAUUUCAUAUCUGAUAUAUUAUAAAGUACUUCAACAUGUACAAACUAAAAUUAAUAAUAAAUAACGGCAAUCCAUAAAUAAUAGCAUAGUAUAUCUCGAGCUUUGGUUUUUAUGCGCAGUACAUAGAAGGAAAGCAAGCGAAGGUGAUAAUUUUUCAUCUAAAAACUAAACCUCAAAUCCACCUACCCUAUAACAACGAAUAUAGACUUCAUAUAGAAGAACGGUUCGUAUAGCGGCGAGGGGACGGAAAGCGAUAGUUCGGUACGCUCCGCGAGAUGGCGGCAGCCAUCAAUUUCUAUCGUGCUGUCUCUCUCACUCUCACGGCGCCAUUCAAAUUUUAAGCUUGCAGUCGUCAAGUCAGCCGAAUGUCAAUCUCCUUGCUACAUGAAUGUUAUAAAAUUAAAUAAUAGCAGCGUAGAUGUAAAUAAUAAAUAAAUAUUAUAUGUGACGCACUAUGAAAAUUGUAAUAGUGUAUAAUAGUUUAAUUAUUACGUGAUACUUAAAAUUUAAUUUUCGCUACAGUGUGCGUAAAAACAAUAAAUCGGGAUACUUGCUCUUAGUUAAUAUUAGUUUGUUUAUAAUUAAAAACAGCCAUCAAAAUAAAAACAAUCAAACUAAUAUUAUUCGAUGGAAACCAAUCGGGAAGGUGGCUAAGUUUUCUUCCAUCAGGAAAAGGAUAGGAUAAAAGGAAAGCAUAGGUGUAGGAAUGGCGAUGAUGAUACACAUAAAUUAUUUACAUUUCAUGCAACUAUCGAUCAACACUCAUGCAACUGCUGUUAAUGAAGGUAUUUACAAAUAUUUAAUUAAUUAAAGAAAAGAAAAGAAUAUGAAAAAUAAUCAUCAAAUUAUUUGUUUAUUUCUGCAAUUUUCCUUUAAUUUAUCUACAUCUGAAACUUUUACUAAUGUAUAAAGAUUUUCAUGAAUUUCGGACGUUAUUAUAACCUCUGAUUACUGAAUUUUCACAUUUAUUUACUCUAAUAACACUCGUGAUAAACAGAUUUACCGUAUCUCAUCACUGGGAAAUCUGUGAAAGGUCAAAUCAGGAUUUUUUGCCUUCGAUGUUCCACAAUCGGUGUAGACACAAAGUGCACGUGGAGGCGACAUGCUGACCACGAAAUCUUCUUCGCUAAACACGAUAAACCUAUCCAAAAAAAUCUCACGAAACUAGAACGAUGUACUUCCCUAUUCACUACUAUUAUUUAUCGCUAUUUGUUGCAAAAAAAAUCUGUAAACUGUCGACUACAAUGACCAACAAACACAGAGACUGCGGUAAAGCUCUCUUCGCGCUGUUUACACAGCAGGAUCGAGCGGGAAACUGACAGGAGCUGCGUUUUCGCGGUUUUUUCCUAGUCAGAAAAAUAUGGUUGUCGCAACCAAUACUUUUGUAAAACCUCCUUACACACUCAUUAUUCAUUUUCUUGUCAUUUAUUUACUUUCAUUAUUGUUAAAAAGUAUAUUUUACAUAAUAUACUGCAUGAAUGAUGAAUCGUCUGCUUGUGCGUGCUCAUAUGCGCGCCAAGCUGUAGGAAACUCAUAGGUGGCGCCGCCGAGCGGUUGGGUAACAGAACUAACGGCCUGUUACCCAAGCUUUCGUCCCCCCAUUUUAACCCAGAACCGUUCUUCUAUAGGAAGUCUAUAUUCGUUGCCUAUAAGCACCGAGAGCUCUUCAAUUAGAGGUUAUAUUUUCGAACGAUUGCUUCACGAAUAAAUAAAUGCCUUAAGUAUGCAGCUAUCUACUUAGUACGCUACAUAGCUACGUGUCUAGGUGUUCGGGGUCGGCGAUGGCGAACUCUAGGAAGUGCGCUCCGUAAAUUUUUGUAAAAGGCUCACUUGUAUACAUCAUUCUUUAGCUUUAUGGAGUUGUAGGAAGGACGCAUCGUUUCGAAAACAAAAAACGGAUUCCUAACCUCAAAAUUAAAAAAAAAAUUUAAUUGACUACUCGAAUGGAAAUUCGAUGUUCGAGCCCCAUACAUGGGGCGAAAAUUUCGUCCGUUUUUCACGAAAAGCCUCCAUUUACGAGAUAUCGACGAAAAAUGCAUUUUCAUAUGCGAUUCCUGAAUCCCGACAUCGGCGACCCUCUGGACAUCAUCUAUUUGUGAUUCGUAAUCUUACUUUCUCCUGACCAGGGAUCAGUUUCGAGAGAACUCCCUUAAUAAAUAUUAUAUUCUUGCCCUCGCUUUCCUCCAAUCUUCAAACGAAUUAACAAAAAUUUUUUUCCUAUUAAAACUUUGCUGCAUGGGGUGAAUGGGGUAUGUGGGUAUAAGAGUUUCAGUUUUAGGAUCGCUCCUCUCAUUUGUUCACUGUUGAAUAAGUGAAAUCAGAUUCACUUAUUCAAAAGUGAAAUUUUCAUUUGACAAAAUAGUAUUUAUGUUAGCGUUUCACUGAUUAGAAUAGUCAUAUUUUCACUGUUCUAAAAUUUAAACCGAAUUUUAGUGUCAAAAUAGGGAUUUUUUCACUAUUUCAACAGUGAAAAUGCGUUCACUGCAUACAUAGUGAAAAUUUUCACUGUUUUACAUGGAGAGAGAAGGUUGAUAUAAAGGUUGAAAUCAAGGUUCAAUCAAGGUAGUAUCAACCUUUAUAUCAAGGUUGAUAUCAACUUUGAUAUUUUUGACAGGGCUUUUAUUUACGUUGAUCCUUAACGCUGAUUUUGUACCUAUUAUAUAAUGUGUACGUUAUUUGUGAUGAAGCAGUUUAAUUAUGUACAAUUAUGUAAUUUGCAUCCGAAAUACAUACGUAUUAUACACACAAAUUGGCCGAUCCCAAUGAAAUUUGUGUAAAUUUUUUGUAAUAUGGGGAAUUCUAAGGGAAAAAAACACUUUCUUGACUUCAAAAACGGCGAAAAAAAAUUGUUGGGGUACGCGCCCGAAACACUUAUUUUAUAAUUGUACAUAUUUAGAACAAUGCAAAAUCACGUUUUGACACUGAGAAAGUGCCUUGUGGAACUGUUUUCUGGGCCACUGAAAUUCGUCAAAAACUAGCCAUUGUUCAACGGCAUGAACUUAUAAGCUCUGAAGGUGCAAACAGAAAAUGUAUUACGGUAGGAUGAAAGAACAAGAGAAGAGCUUUAAUUAAAGAAAAAAUGCGUUAAAACGGCUUGAUUUGGUCAGUUAUCCGCAUUAAAAAUGUGGAAAAAUCACGAAAAAAAGGUACAAAUUUCAUGACUCUGAAAAAUCCUGACAUUUUCAUGAUUUUUCCACAUUAUCAAUUGUACGUAACUUUUAACCAAAUCAAGCAUUUUCAACGCAUUUUUUUAAAUUAAAGCUUUUUUCUCGUACUUUCACUUCCUUACCGAUACACAUUUAUUGUUUGUGCCCUCAUGAAUUGGGUACGUGUCGUUGAAAAAUAGCUAUUUUUCGACGAAUUUGGCGGCCGAGAAAACAUUGUCACAAACAACUUUUUCAGUGUUGGAGCGUGGUUUUACAUUGUUCUAAGCAUUUACAAGUAGAAAACAAGUGUUUUGGGCGCAUGCCAACAAUUUUUUUCGACGUUUUUGAAGUCGAGUAAGUGUAUUUUUUCCAUAGAAUUUCUCAUAUAUAUUAUCAUACAGCCUCAUGAGGUUUGAAAGCAUAAAUUUAUAUUUAUUAAACGAAAUGUUUAUUUUCGGCAUACUGAGUACGAUAUAACUUUAAAUUUAUAAUUCUUUUUUUUCAAUAACUUUGUUUAAUAUUACUUGAGGUUACCGCGCGCAACGACCGAAAAAUAAUGCGCUCGAUAGAUAGGAUUCUCGCAUACUAUAUAACGAAAAAUACCUAACGUUAUUUAAACGCAUGCAUGUAUGUGUACCUUCCGUAUUCUAAUAAAGUUCACCUGUUUGCUGUCUGCACAUUUUUAAAUUUCUUCCUUUUCCUGCCAAAACUGAUAGGUGGCGUCAGACGCCUGCACUGCGCCAAAGCUUAUUAUCAUAAUAUGAGCUCUAGAGUAAGAGAGACAGAUUAAUGUAUUUCAAUUCCCAGCAGAUGGCGACACGUUCCUUAGCUCGCUUGUUAUAGCAUGGCGGUACUAUACUAUACAAAGUUACUUCUCUGUGGGCAGAAAGUAAAACUAUCAACCAAAAUAUUUUCGUUGAUGCUUAUAGUAUUUUGACAGAAAAAUUACAAUUCUAUACACGAACAAUAAAUCAAAUUCAAUGGUAUUUUCAAAUCAUGCACAUACAUAAUUUUAUUUUUACUCUUACAAUUAAAUUACAGCUCGAUUAAAUUUGUGUUAAUCACUUGUUUUCUAAAAUCUUGCAAGAAUAAUAAAAUUUAAGUACUGAAACUGCAAGAAACAUUUACAACAAAAUGAGCUUCAACUUCAUCUGUUGUUUUUAAAUUUGCUGUUUGUUGUGGGCUGUAUCUGCAUAAAUAAGGAAUAAUGGAUAAGCUGACAGUGAUCUCAGGAACAUUGUUCCUUGCAGCUGACAUGUUUGCAAUUGUCAGUCUUGCCAUGCCAGAUUGGAUCAUUACAGAUGUUGGAGGUGACACGAGGCUGGGAUUAAUGUGGUCGUGUAUGACAUUGUAUAAUAGACCUCAGAUCUGUUACAAACCUGAUUUGAAACCAGAGUGGUGGAUGGCCUUGGUUUGCAUUUUAGUAGGGUGCAUUUUGAUAACCACUACAGUCAUACUUUUGAUAAGUUCUCACUGGGAUCGUAAUGUUAUUCCCUAUGCUCGUUGGGUUGGAUUCACAGCAAUGGUGCUUUUCUGCUUGGCAGCAGUUAUAUUUCCAAUGGGAUUCCAUAUUGAUGAAAUUGGUGGCCAACCUUACCAGCUACCCAAUUCUCAUCAAGUAGGCAUUUCCUACAUUUUGUUUGUAUUAGCAUUAUGGAUUACUGUGAUUUCCGAGCUGUUUGCUGGUAAAGUCUGUUUACCACAUUUUUAGCAUCUUCUGACAAAUUUUUUUUUCUUCUCUUUGCUGUUAAGUAUUUUGUGUAUUCCAUACAUUUAUAGAAGAGAUAUUCCAAGGUUGGAAGAAUUUUUGGAAAGAUUCAAAAUGAAAUGAAAUUCUAAAUUGUUUUCAUUCAAAAGUCAGUUAUUUUAACUGAAUCGUUUCAUGAUACCAGUUUCUUUUUUAUUUUGUAUCUGUAUCAUAAUUUGUAAUUUUUGUAUAUAUACUAGGUUUAACUUGAAAUAUCGAAUAUCAGUACACCAAAUAUAACCCUGCUUUGUAAUUCUACAAUUUUUAAAUUCUGCACUAAUUAAAUGCACAAAUUUUUGUACCAUCAUAAGAGUAGCGAAUUAGUUUACUCUAUAAAUAAUUACUUAUGCCAAUGUUGAGUUUUAACAGUAUUGUACUGAUGGUUGUGACAUGUAAUUUAAUAUUUUAUAAGACUUGUAAUAAUUAAGAAAUGAGAAUCUUUUAUAAAAAUGUUUUAAAAAUUUUAUACUACUAUAGACACGUUUGAUUAAAGCUGUUAUCUUCCAUUGAUGUAUGUUAGUAAUAAGAAGCAAAUAAAACGUAUUCUAUUAAUUGUAUAUAAAAAAAAUAAAUAAAUAAAUAAGUGAAACAAAUGUA